AUGAGUCCAGCAUUAUUCAGUAAUGAUUCUAUUGUGCAGUUGAUUGGAGAGGACUUAAAUGUAGCCAUUCAAGAGGCUGAAACGAAUCCUGCUAUUCUUGAUGAUCUAACGCCGGAAAGGGUUGAAGAGGAAGGUAAUGCAAGCCUAGGGCCUACGUGCAGGUCCACGUCCGGGUUGAAUGAGGAAGGUAAUGUUCUUGGGUCUAGUGUGAAAGCCCACCAUGAAUUGAAUCAGCUUAAUCAAAGUGCCGAAAUGCCUAUGGGUUGUGAAUUGGUUUCCAUGAGCGUUGGUCGUGUGGCUAUGGGCCCUGGUGAGACUGGGCUUAAUUCUAAGGUAUUAUUAGAACCGAUUGUAAUUGAGGAGUUUGAAUGUGCAAGUGACGAAGAAAUAGACCAUGAGGGAUGUGUAAGAUCCGCUGAGCAAGACGUGAGCAUUGCCAUUCAUUCAGAUUGUGAAAGUGAACGUGACAAGCUUAAAGGUGACUUGAGAAAAGAUUAUUAUUGGGACUCGGAAGGCCCAAAUAAUGUAGCUGCGGAGGAGAUUCCUAAUUUGUUAGGGCGUUUCAAGUGUGAAUCUUUCCUCACUAAUGAAGCACAAAAUGGAAAAAUUUGGUUACUUUGGAAGUCUGCAGUCUCUGUCCAGUGGUUGGCUGCUUCUAAUCAAUUUGUGUCUGUUAAAAUAGAAGAGAAUGGGCAUGUCUAUGUUCUUACCAUUGUUUAUACUAAGUGCACUCAGUUAGAGAGGAAGAUGCUUUGGGAGGACCUAGAAGCUUCUGGGUGUGGUAAUCUUCCUUGGCUCAUAUGCGGAGAUUUCAACAUUAUCAAAAAUGAUUCGGAAAGAAGAGGCAGUCAUCCACGUCCUUUCGCAGCUAUGGAAGAUUUUAACAUGUAUAUUCAUAACGACAGCUGGCUGGACAUGUCCUCUAAAAGCCCGAGCAUGACUUGGUGCAAUGGUCGAGGCGGUUUGGCGCGCUACUGGGUCUUGGCUCGUACUACUUCUGAUCACUCUCCGCUGGUAAUUCAAAUGGGUGACGAUCCUUUUAGGUAUGGACCUGGUCCUUUUCGAUUUCAGUUUAUGUGGACUGAUCAUAGUGAUUUUCUUCGCCUUGUGGAGAGUGUGUGCAGAUUAGAGGCGACUGAGGUCAUCGUCAGUCAAUUAGAACAUCGUAUUGAGGGUUUGGAAGUUCAGCUUCAAACUUGUUUUAGUCAAGAGGAUGAUAAUGCUCUUUUGAAGACGAAAAUGGAUCUGUCCACUUGGCUUGAUAGAGAAGAUACUCGUCUUGCUCAUUUGGCUAAAAAAAGUUGGUUGAAAGAUGGGGAUCGAAAUUCUAAAUUUUACCAUGCUUACCUAAAUGCUAAAAAUCAUGCGAAGAUUAAGGAGAUGCGUUUGGUUGCUAGUACUUGUUUAAAUUCUCCAUUUGAAAUUCAUAAAGUUGUUGUUGAUUAUUUUAAUAAUUUCUUGGGGGUUGGGGGUUUUCGUGAUCUGCCCAAUCUUAGUGAUUUAAUUGAUCCUGUGAUUACUAUUGAUGAGAACAUGGUACUUUGUCAAGCUCCUUCUCUCAAUGAAAUUAAGGACGCUCUCUUCAAUAUUUUCAUUGACAGUAGUCCUGGUCCGGAUGGUUUUGGAUCGGGUUUCUAUAGAGUUUGUUGGGAUUUGGUUAAAGAUGAUUUGUUGGGUGCUAUUUCUGAUUUUUUUCAUUGUAAGUCUCUUCCCAGAUUCUAUAUUGCGUCUUUCAUUGUUGUAAUUCCUAAGGUGGAUAAACCCUCUGGUUUCGAUAAAUUCCGACUUAUUAGUCUCUGUUCAGUGAUUUAUAAGAUUUGUACUAAAAUUAUUGUGAGCCGUCUUACGAAUUUACUUAGUAAGAUUAUUUCUCAGGAGCAAUGA